AUGAAGGCCAUUUGGUUGGCACUUUGCCUGCCAAGAGUCUUCGUGACGGCAGCCAAGCUGUCGAGGAGCACCGGCGCCAGCAGCGCCAGUGCCAAGCUGCAGCACUCGAGCGAGGAGGCCACCGCCUUUGCGCGGCUUUCAUCCAACAGCGCAGUGUACCUGGCCCUGGGAAGGCACAAAGAUGCAAACGCUUGCCCGGACAAUCAGUUUCCGCCUGUGAACGUUACUGUUCAGGGAGUUGGUUAUCUGGACGAUAUCCUCUCUGGGGACAUUCUGGGCCAGUUGCAGACCAAUCUUGCUGGCCAUCCUGACUGGGAGAUUGGCAAACCCUGGACAUUGAGCAUGGUGGCCGAUUCUGUCGAGCGACAGAUGGACCGCAAAUUCGGCUUUGCAGGUGGAGAAGGCUUCAAUGUGUUCACCGUGAAGAAGGCGAAAGUGGGCCAGAAGAUCACAGUUACAGACAAGGUGAAGACUUUGGCGGGCAACACGCGUUUAGAAUAUCGCGGGCAGAACCCCAUCACCCUCGAGGGUGCCAUCCAUUUGACAGACAUUUGCCUAAGGCCCAUGACUUGCGACGCCUUCUUCCAGCAGCAUAAGAAAGAGUGCUUGGAUGACGACCUCUGGAAGCGGAAGUUGCAUCCCGAGCAGGUCACCGGUCAUACCAGGAGCAUGUGCUGCGAGCAGAUGAAGUGCGCGGAGGAGGCGCCCUGUGCGCCGGCGACGACGUACAGCAAGAGGCCAGACUACGAGACCGCCUUCGGAAGCAAGCCCGACCAGUGCUGCGUCCCCAAGGUUUGCUCCAAAGACAUUUGCGACUCCACUCUUUGGGAGCCCAAACCGGGCAAUGUCUUGGGAAGCACCAAAGAGGAGUGCUGCACCCCUCGAGAUUGCGACGACUACAAGUGCUCCGCCAAGUACGUGAAGAAAUCGAAGAGGCAUGGCCAGGAUGGUUCUCCGCUCUUACUGCAGGGGAGCACUGACAGCGAGUGCUGUGAGCCUAUCUCAUGCAAGCACAUCGACUGCGAGGCCACGGACGAGUGGAAGACCAACGAAAGUGCCAAGGUUGGUGCAAGCUUGGAGGAUUGCUGCAUCCCUCAAUUCUGCAAGCAUCACAGCUGCGAACCUGCGACGAAAUGGGAGCCGAAGCCCAAAGCAAUCCUGGGCAGCAGUAACCCAAGCUGCUGCACGCCCAAGAUGUGCAAGGAGUUCAAGUGCGAUGCCGGCUUCGAGCUCCGGGCUGGCGCCGUGAUUGGAGGGCAGGGCCUCAUGGGAAGCACCCACAACGAGUGCUGCGAGAAGAAGUCUUGCCACGACUGGAAGUGCAGCGACCCGACGAAAUGGGUGCAGCAGGCUGACGAGAGCAGCCUUGGCGUGGAAAGGCAUGGAUGGAGCGACGAGGAGUGCUGCACGCCGUUGAUGUGCAGCACCAUCGACUGCGUGCCAGAGUCGCUUUGGGCCCCGAAAUCGGCAGAAGAGUUGGAGGGCCUCCUGGGCAGCACCAGCAAGCAGUGCUGCAACCCCAAGUGGUGCAAGGACUACACGUGCACGGGAGACAUCUCUGCACAGAAUGUCACCAGCACCAAGUGGUACAAGAAGAUCGAUACGAAUCACUUCAAGUUCCGGGGAAGCACGGACGAGGAGUGCUGCCAUCCCAAGUACUGCAGUGAGUACACAUCAGAGUUCCCCAGCAAGUACAGGCGAAAGCCCGAAGACCUCCAAGGGAAGCCCAGGCUUGGAAGCACGGAAGCCGAGUGCUACGACGAGCUCAAGUGCAGCGACUAUUGCUGUAAGGACAAGGUCUUGCAACUGAAGGAAGACGCAGCACAGCUCUUGGGCAGCACGGACCAGGAGUGCUGUGAGAAGCCAAGCUAG